AUGAAAGCUCAAACUCAGAGGAGUUGUACCAACCUUUCAAUAAUUUCUAUUGCAUCUGUAUUGUUUUACUGUGUUGGAUUUUUGAGAAUUGAAAUGGAACUAAGCAAUCACAGGAAGAAAAUAACUGCUCUUGAAGACUUUGUAGACGCUAUGAAAGUCCACGAAGGGUUAACCCAAGGUACCCCAGCUGAGGCCCAAAUUAAAUCCUACAGAAACAAGCGUAACGCUGACACGACCAGAAACGCCACAGAAGAUAAAACUUCGUCGCAAGCGUUACUGAAGAUGAACAAACUUUUGUCGAGCGGCCGACUACAAUUAUGUCAACCAAACGGUUAUACCAGUCCUUGUGGGCCAUCAGGCCCCCCUGGUCCACCUGGACCGAAAGGUAAGAGAGGGAGACCUGGGAAAAAUGGAGACAAAGGUCGUGCGGGAGAACCUGGAAAGAGUGGAAAGCGAGGUAUGACGGGCAUCGCUGGAUUAAAGGGGAACACUGGACCCAGAGGAGAAAAAGGGGACAUAGGAGCCACUGGAAUGCCGGGAAUGAAAGGGGAGCCUGGUGAAUCGAUUUCAGGACCUACUGUUGAAGUUUCUCCUCAAAUUCGGACUGUGAACGAGACUGAAUCAACGGCUUUCCAGUGCUCAGUCAGUGGUAAUCCCAAGCCAAAAAUGAAGUGGAACAGGCUGUUAAAGGGUUCGGAACUUGAGCAGUCGACGGUUUCGGAAGGACGACUACAAUUAAGGAAUAUUAGAGGAGGUGAUGCCGGCAUGUAUCGAUGUUCAGCGGCAAACAUCUUAGGACAGGCUCAGAAAACAGUACGACUGGUCGUGAAUGUUCGUCCACGUGUUUCCCUCAAUCCUGGACCAAUGUAUGCCAUUGAAGGAAGUAAUAUAACCCUUCCAAUCUGUCGGGAGACAGGUCAUCCACGGCCAGAUAUCAAAUGGCUCAGACCGUUUGGUCAGUUACCACAAGGAAGAGUUCAGUUUGAAAACAACAACAGCACGCUGACAAUAUUUGACGUUCGUCGCACUGAUUCUGACAACUAUGUAUGUGUGGCAUCAAACCUUCUCGGUAGAGCUGUGAAAAAAACUCUGCUGCUCGUGUUCUCUCCUCCAAAAUUUAUAUUUAAACCACCCGAGAAAAUAAAAGCAAUUUCCGGGUUUAGUUUGAAGCUGAACUGCAGCGUAACUCGCGACGGGCACCCAGUGAUUAGCUGGAAAAGACAAGGCGCUCAACUUCCCGCGGGGAGAAGUUUUAUUUCAAAGGAAGGACUGGUGAUCACAGAUCUACGGCUUCAAGAUGCUGGAAACUAUACUUGUAUUGCUACAAUAGCAGGAAAAUUUUCCAUUGAGACCUCUACUAUUCUGGAAAUAAAAGAUGAAAGGUGUGCUGGAGUCAUAAAGACUGUCGGCACGCCUGUCCUUCAUUACAGACGAUCGACCGCACAAGGAGCUUGGAUGAGAGACCCAUUAGGAGUUAUGGGUAAGAACAGUAUAUUCGUAAUGGAGUCAUAUCGUAGAAAUGUGGUUGAAGAAUAUGAAGACAUGGCCAAGUUAAAGGCAGGCGUGACUCGUAAGACGUACCAACUGCCUUAUAACUGGCACGGGACGGGAGCAGUGGUAUACGGGUCAUACCUCUACUACAACAGGUCAGGAACGUCCCACAUUGACAGGUAUAAUCUGCAGACAGAGCGUCUUGAGGGCAAAAUAACAUUGAGUGAUUUCUCAUCUAUGCCCUACCAGUGGGGUGGAGGCAGUAGAGUGGACCUAGCAGUUGAUGAGCAUGGAUUGUGGGUAUUGUGGGGAAGUUCUAGUAACAACGGACGUCUGAACGCAGCAAAAAUCGACGUAGAUAGCAACCGCAUAACACGAACGUGGACCUUGAACACAGAACCAAUGAUCUACAUGGGCAAUGCUUUUGUAGCCUGUGGAGUAAUCUACUGUAUUGACGACUAUAGAACCAAUUCCACUACUAUCAACUUUGCUUAUGACACCAAGACAGGAAAACAGUGGAACCCGAACAUACAGUUUAUAAACCAGUACGGCUACAACUCCAUGGUGGACUAUAACCCCAGAGAGAAAGUGCUGUACGCUUGGGACUCCGGGCGACUCGUUACUUACUCCCUCACUUUUCAAUAAACCGAAAAAGGAACAUGGAGCUUGGAGGCACUCUCAGGUUGCUUUUAGGAGACAUUUUUUGAAGAAUAAAAUUACUUUGUUGUAGAUUCAUAUAUUGAAACUGUAAAGUGAGCUAGAUUGACACAUUGUCAAUUGUGAAUCAAUUGCGCGGUGUUUUCUGGUAAAUAUUGGCUGCCCAGUGCCGUGAAACCUGCCACUUUAAAAAAAAAUGAACUUGUACUAGCAUUAUCAUUUAAUCUGAAACUAUGAAAGAGCAUUACUGUAGCAAAUUUGACUCAAUUUUUGAUAGUUGUAUUUCCUACUUUGAAAGUUAUGUGUAGUUUGAAUUUUGAAAUCAUUGAAUGGAAGUUAAGCAAUGAGUCUUGGUCUUUUGAGUUUAGUUU